AUCAUGCAAACGGCGUCAGGAGACCCGAAACGGACCGCGGUGAUGGAAUCGCCUUACACGUAGAGAGAGAGUGAGAGAGAGAGAGAGAGACUGUUGUAUUUUUAGAACGCGUUCCCGUUUUUUUUUCUUUUUUCCCCCUCUUCUCCAAUCCGAUGUGCGUGUUUUGAUUUCAUUUGCGUUUUGCGUUUUCUCCUGAGAGAAAGUCUCUCUGUCCAUUAUUAGCAUCAUCAUCAUCAGCAAACAGUAAAACAAACAAACAAACAAACAACAUGAUGGAUGAGGAAAAGAUGACGAAAAGCGAGGAGGCUCACCUGAGUUUGCAGAAAGCCCUGCAGCAGUGCGAGCUGGUGCAGAAUAUGAUCGACAUCAGCAUCUCCAGCCUGGAGGGGCUCAGGACCAAAUGUGCCACAUCCAAUGACCUGACGCAAAAAGAAAUCCGCACGCUCGAGGGUAAGCUGGUGAAGUACUUCAGCCGGCAGCUCUCCUAUAAAAAUAAAGUGCCCUUACAGGAGCGGAACGUGGAGCUGGACGGCUUUCCCCGUCUCACACACUGGCUCCGUAUUGUCAACAUGAGGAAAGAGGUCACAGAGGAAAUCUCGCCAGGUGAGUUGACUCUCGAGUCGCUCUUAGACAUGUCGGAUGGAGACGUGUGCGAGACGCUGCAGAAGUUUGGAGCGAGUGAGGACGAGUGCGCCCGCUUGAAUGCCUCCCUCACCUGCCUACGCUCCGCCCACAAAUCAGAACAACUCGAGGACGACAAAUUGCACAGUAACGGAGGACUUGGCAGCACACAGCCUAAGCAGGACUGGUCCAUUCAGUGGCCAACGUCUGAGUCGGGGAAGGAGAACACCCCAGCCGGUACCCCUGACUCCGGGCAGUGGGUGCGACUGCAGCUCUCGCAGAGUCCGAAGCCACAGUCGCGCUACACCCAUGCUCUGUGCCACAGCCCGCAGGCCCUGGCUCCUCCGACCUUCUACCCGCAGCCGGAGCGGUUGUGCGUGGACAUUUACUCGGGCCUGACACCGUCUGGCAUGCUGGAUGUAGGGCACCGCUCUCUACCCCCAUCCCCUAGGCAGAGGCACUUUCCUCACACUCCCCCACGCACUCCACUGGUGGUAAACACCAUGACACCGCCGGGGACACCGCCACUCCGUCGCCGACACAAGGUGAAGGCACCAGGCACGCCACCACCCGCUAACCGCAAACUCAUCCACCUGCUGCCCGGCUUCAGCUCCCUGCACCGCAGCAAAUCACACGAGUUUCAGCUGGGGAAUCGUGUCGACGAUGCACACACACCCAGAGCCAAAAAGAAGGCCAAGCCUCUGAACCUGAAGAUCCACAGCAGUGUUGCCGGGAGUUGUGAGAACCUGCCGACUCAACGAUCUCCUCUCCACUCGGAUCACUCACUCCGCUCGUUCUUCUUCCCGAGCCUAGUGCCCUCCACGCCACCCGUUCACGCUGAGACUCCUUCUGCCAACACCCUGUCAGUUCCUCGCUGGUCCCCUCAGAUCCCUCGCAGAGACUUUGGCAACUCUAUUAAACACAGAUUUUCCACCAAAUACUGGAUGUCACAGACCUGCAUCGUUUGUGGGAAAGGAAUGUUGUUCGGCUUGAAGUGCAAAACCUGCAAGUUGAAGUGCCACAAUAAAUGUACCAAAGAAGCACCUCCUUGCCAUUUGCUUAUUUACCAUCGAGGAGGUAGAGACCCGUUCAAAGAUCAAGGAACAUCUCAAGCUCGUCAGCUCGUCAGGACCGAGUCGGUGCCGUGUGACAUAAACAACCCCCUCAGGUACACAGACCUGCACAUCAGCCAGACGCUGCCCAAAACCAACAAGAUUAACAAGGACCACAUCCCUGUGCCAUACCAGCCAGACUCCAGCAGUAACCCCUCGUCCACUACUUCCUCCACCCCAUCAUCACCAGCUCCGCCUCUUCCUCCCAGCGCGACUCCUCCCUCUCCGCUACACCCUUCGCCUCAGAGUGCCAGACAGCACAAACAGCCCAAUAUAACAGCAUCUCAUUACUACAAAUACAAGCAGCAGUUCAUCUUUCCUGAUGUGACCCCGGAGGUUCCUAACAGAGCUCCUCAGGUUAUCCUCCAUCCUGUGCUGUCAGAACCUGGUAACACGGGCAACCCUCUGCUGCAGAUCGAGGUUGAACCUACUUCAGAUAACGAAGAUGGGAACCACGAAGCAGAGGACUCUGCUGACGAGUUCGAGGAGAUGAACCUGUCGCUACUGUCGGCGCGUAAUUUCCCGCGCAAGGCGAGCCAAACGAGCAUCUUCCUACAGGAAUGGGACAUCCCGCUGGAGCAGCUAGAGAUCGGUGAACUGAUCGGGAAGGGCCGCUUCGGGCAGGUCUACCACGGCCGCUGGCACGGCGAGGUGGCCAUCCGCCUCAUCGACAUUGAGAGAGACAAUGAGGAUCAGCUCAAAGCCUUCAAGCGGGAGGUGAUGGCUUAUAGGAACACACGCCACGAGAACGUGGUGCUCUUCAUGGGUGCGUGUAUGAGCCCACCACACCUGGCCAUCAUCACCAGCCUGUGUAAAGGGAGGACUCUGUAUUCUGUUAUCAGAGAUGCAAAGGUCGUCCUGGACGUCAACAAGACCAGACAAAUCGCACAGGAGAUGGUUAAGGGCAUGGGCUAUCUGCAUGCCAAAGGCAUUCUUCACAAGGACAUGAAGUCGAAGAACGUCUUUUACGACAACGGGAAAGUGGUCAUAACUGAUUUCGGCCUCUUUACCAUAUCAGGAGUCCUACAGGCAGGCAGUAGGAGAGAGGAUAAGCUGCGGAUUCCGAGCGGAUGGCUCUGCCAUCUUGCUCCCGAGAUCAUCUGCCAGCUCUCUCCGGAAACAGCCGAAGACCAGCUACCCUUUUCCAAACAGUCGGACGUCUUCGCUUUCGGGACGAUCUGGUACGAGCUGCACGCGCGGGAGUGGCCUUUUAAGAACCAGCCGGCUGAGGUGAUCAUAUGGCAGGUGGGCAGCGGCAUGAGACCCAACCUCACUCAGAUCGGCAUGGGCAAAGAGAUAUCGGACAUCCUGAUGUUCUGCUGGGCUCACGAGUCCGACGAGAGGCCCAGCUUCUCCAAACUGAUGGAGCUGCUGGAGAAACUGCCCAAGCGCAACCGCCGCCUCUCGCACCCCGGCCACUUCUGGAAAUCAGCUGAGUAUGUAAAAUGAGCCAGGUUUAAAAAAAAAAAGUCCCGGAGAGUGAGCUUACUGGCGUUAGCCGUGCGGCAUUGUGGGAAAACUGUGCGCUUGGGGGAAAACUGCUGGAAUGUACGUGUGGUCAUCAAGUUUGCAUCUAGUUCUUCUUUUUAUUGUUUGAUCGUGUAUGGACGACAAAAGAUUCCUUUUUUAUUUAUUAUUUACUUCUCUGUUUGUUUUUGUUGGUUUCUUCUUUUUAUCCCUUAAUCUGUUCAAUCUGUUUGUGUUAAAAACUUUUGAAUUUGUUCAUGAUUAAUUUUUGAUGAACUUCUGUUCAGUCACAUGCCAUGUCAGUGCGUUCGAUGAUGCAUUUUUAUGAACAAAUGCAAAUCGUUUUUUUCCCCCCUGUGAGUCGUGCGUCUGUAAUUUUUUAUUUUCACACCGUGUAAAAUGUAUUUUAUUUUUAAUUUUGUUUUGGAUUUUUAAAUCAAAGUAAUGUUUAUUUAUUUGCUUUCAGUCCAAUCACUGUUAUUAUUAUUAUUAUUAUUUUAUAUUUGCGUAUUUUUAUUAUUCUUAUUUUUUUAUUAUGUGUGCGUGUUUGUGUGUGUAUGUGUGUUUGUGCAUGCUUUUAUAACUUAGUGAGUAAAUGUCUUCACAAGAACAGAAACCUUGUCAGGAUAUUUGGUUGGUCCCCACUUACUUUGCAAAAUUUUAUUUACAAUUUAUUUUUUUUUUUUAACAAGAUUAAAUGAUUCCUUCUAGUUAUUGAGGUUAAGAUUAGGUUUAGUCUUAGAUAGCGUUCAUUAGCUGUGUUAAUACUGUAAUUAAAUCAGAAUGGUCCUCAUAAGGAUAAUCUGGGAAAUGUGUGUAUGUGUGUGUGUGUGUCUGUGUGUGUUGGCCAU